AUGGGGGACACGCCAAAUAGGUCCUCACUUGAGCGUUCUAAUGACGUAAUUAUAAUGCAGACGGAUAUGAUUCCAUUCAAACCAAAGAGAUCAUUAAAACCCUCGGUACCUGUUCGUGCACUUCCAGCUCCAUCACAAUUUAAUCGCUUGGAUGAAACGGAUUUAAAGGAUGCCAUGGCAUUAGGAUUGCUGCUUAAGGACUUGCCCGUGAAUCAUGAUGCGUCAGCACCAGAAUAUGGUGUCGUAUAUGAGAAGAAUGGAGGUAAUCGUGAUUCAGGAUGUGGUGCUUUUACAUUCAGUAGUCAACGCUUACUACAAGAACGAUGCAAGGAGUUUGCUAUGCGUCGUGGCUUCCAAUUGUUCGUGUCUGGUAGCAGUACGCGGCCCAAUGGUGGUGGUAAUGUCAAGUAUCGAUGCAAGAAGCUUCAUGAUCAACAAUUCUUUGACUCGAGUACACCAGUCAGUGAACUGCACUGUCCCUUUUACAUUAAUGGCUACGGCAAGGACCAGCAUUGGAAAAUCACACAGGCCUGCUUCUUGCACAACCACUACAAAUUCAUUGGCUGGCGGUCGGCACUAGCGUCAAAGUCAAAGUCGAGAUCAGUAUUGGGGAUAAAUGGGUCUCGUAUACCACCACCAUCCAUUGCCACUACAGUCGAUCCAGAGAUGCCCAUUGCCGUAGCAAAAACUGCUGUUGUUAUGUUGGAAAACCAAGAGAAUGCUCCACUGCAGCUGCCAGUACUAUCAGUCGAGCAGGAAGCGCUAGCUGCAAAAGAUACGGAGAUAGCUACAUCUAUGCAGUCGCAGCAAGUAAAAGCUCAACGGAAUACAACAAUGUCCAUGAAAGCAUUUUGUCGGGUGGUGGUAGACGAGGUGAACAACUAUCCGGCAUCCAACUUAUUGAUGUCUAAAUUGGACGGGAAGAUGAUCCGACGCAUUUUGCUUCGCCAGGGUUACACUAUCAACCACAUGAUGUCUUCCCGAAUCAAAAGACACCUUCAAGACGAGAGAAUCACGAAAGUGCGGACUUCAUUCCAGAAGUUGCGUGAGUAUUUAAGAGUAGUUUCGGAAAAGAACCCGGGGUCAUUGUUUCGGUUUGAGAAGAGGGACGAUGGUGCGUUCUCACGCGUGCUAUUCAUUCCAAAUGCAAUGCUGAAUGCCGUCAAAUAUUGUCGCAAAAUUGUGUCCCUAGAUCAUAUCACACAAGGCGACGAGCUAUCCGAAACACCUUUGGGGAAACUAGACUAUGAUGAAAAUGACGACAUGAUUUGCGGGGUCUACCUCAAGGCUUCUAUCAAGGAUUUCAACGACGAAGUCAUCACUUUUGCGCUUGCACUUGUGGCGGAAGAGAACAAACUUGCUUGGGAGUGGUUCCUGCACGGACUACAAUGUACAGAAGUGACGGAUUGGAAUGAGUACACUGUGAUUGCAGGGCGUGCCCGUGGAUUGCAGACAGCUAUUCAGACUGUAUGGCCUGGAGCAAGCCUCCACUUUUGUAUGCGCCGCGUUGUUGAAGACGAGCUUAUGGUGAUCAAAAAGAUCCCCAUGACGCCCGAUAAAAAGCAAAGCAUUUUUGACCUAGCGCGCAGCGACAGCGAAACCAAAUUUAAUACACUGCGCGAAGCUUUAGUUCACACGAACGAGGCAGCUGUGGCGUACUUGGACGAAUUGGACCGCAAACACUGGGUGAAAUACGCUUUCCUUGCGGCAUUUCAGCGACCAACAUUUAAUGAGCUUACUUCCGAUCUCUCUAUGGCAUUGGGAAGCGGCGAGCUUUUUUCACAGCACGCAAGCACAAGUCAUACGAAAUGGUUCGGUGAAGAUCCCGUUUGUAGCUCUCAACCUCUCGAAACGUAUUGCCAGUAUUUUAUGAAGAUUGCUGAAAACUUUCACCAGCGUCGUCAAUCGGUGAAGCUACGACCAGCACACGAACUUGUCCCACUGCGAGAAAUGCAGUUACAGCAGAUUCUGCAAGGCAGUCAGCGCUGCGAGUCAAUUCCUUGUGCAAACGGACUUUACAUGGUACGCUAUCUAGGUCCAACGCGACUAGAUAUCCCAGAUAGUUGGCGUCACGUGGAUCUUGCUCAAUGGGAAUGCACGUGUCAAGAUUGGCAAGAUCAGCACUUUCCGUGCUUGCAUGCGAUACACGCUGCAGAGUUAGAUCAGCGCCGCAUUGAUUCGCUCUACGACACCAAGCAAAACUCAAUCGAGACUUAUCUGAACUGCUACGCAACUUCGUUCACGCCCUGGCCAAUGGAUGCAUCUCCAAUUGAACCUGAUGUAUCAAUAAAGACACCUCUUGACCUUUUCUUCUCAGAGGUUGGUUCUGGUCGACGAAAGCCUGGUCCGCGUCCAAAGAAUCGAAAAAAACAAGUAUUAUAUCAAUUCUGA